UUCACCGGCUCAUCGGAAGUGAUGACUGGCACCCGCAGCCGCUGUCUACCUCGGGCAGUGGAAGCGAACACUCGGCCGAAGAAUGUCUUUCCAAGAUGGUGGUUGAUUUUCUCGAAGAGUACGGCGGUUGCCGGAGUAGUUCGCCGGCGGAAGCUUUUUCCGACGGGGCGGCAAUGGAAGUUCCCGCCGCGGCGGCGGCUGAUUUUACGGAGGCGGUGGGGGAAAUUCGGAGAAUGGUGAGUGUGAACGGCGGGAAUGUGGGGGGUUAUAGAGAAGUGCUAGUGGGUAAUGUUCAGGAUGCGGCGGAAAUGGCGGCGGCUUCUUCGUCGGACGGCGUCGUUUCACGGCGGAUGUUGAUGAUGAUUCUUCGUGAGCUUCAUUAUAAUGCGGCGAUCUGUAAGACGAAAUGGGGAAGCUCUCGUGGUGUCGCCGCCGGUGACUAUGAGUUCGUCGACGUCGUCGAUGGAAAUAUCCGGUACUUGAUUGACACAAACUUUCCGACACAAUUCGAGAUCGCGAGGCCGACAAUCCAAUACAAAGAGUUAUUAAGAUCCUUGCCUUUAAUUUUCAUCGGAACGAUGGAGGAGGUGAAGAAGAUGGUAAGGAUCAUGUGCAACGCUGCAAAGAUAUCACUAAAUCAUAUGAAUCUUUCAGUGCCUCCAUGGAGAAAAACUAUUUACAUGAAGAAUAAAUGGUUGGGACCAUAUCAUCGAACUAUAAAUCCAGUUUAUGAUAAGUCUCCAAUGCCAGAAAAUUCGACUGGUCGACUAGUGAAAUGCAGGUGGAUUGGCUUCGACACCGCCGUUGUGGAGGCAAAUGUCGAUGCAUCUAUUUGUGUGAGAUCGAUUAAGGCGGGUUGUUGAUGAUGAUAGACAAAUAAAAUGAGUGACUAAAGUGAGAGUUUUUAUUUCUUUUUUCUCUCUUGUAAACAUGAAAAACUAUGGAGUAAAUAAAGUAUGUUAAU